AUGCUGUCAACACUUCUUCUUCCUCUGGUGUCUGCCCUCCCUGGCUACCUGUACAUGCGAUAUCCGAAUAGCUGGUGGAUUACCCCCGGCGACACACUUCCUAUUGCCGAAACAAAACCAAUACCAAUCCUUCAAACCACUCUCCCUUGCACAAGCCCGUACCUCCUCCUGACCAUCGACCCAGACGUCCAGUACGGAACAACCUCCACCAUCGUCCUGCACUGGCUUCAGUCCCUACGUGCAGACUGCCAAACAGGUCUUUUAUACGAAGACCCUGAGUCAGAGCAGACGGCCGCGUAUAUUCCCCCACAACCACCAAAACGAUCGCACCAUCGCUAUAUAUUCCUCCUCUUUCAGAAGCCGGAUGACUACGAGCUCCCAGAAUGCUACAAGCACAUCCUCCCUGCUACGAAAGAAGCACGCGUUGGAUUCGAUCCGAAAGAGUUUGUCGAGCUAUUGGGAUUAGGAAGUCCGCUUGCCGGGAACUGGUUCUAUGUUGAGAACGGGGGCGAACCUGUGGCUAGUGAAGUGGCUCCUACGACGACUUCAUUAAAGGUUGCUUGUACCAGCACUAGCGCUCGUAACGAGUUGUAG